AUGAACCGUCUUAUGAGUAUUCUCAGCAAGCCAGGAGCUGGGGCUCAGAUCCAAGGCGUAGCCCCAACCCAAUGGACUAGGAGAGAGGACGUUCAAGCGGACAUGCCUAAUUUCACUGGAUACGCCCCCAAGAGCAAAGCUAGACUGCUUGAUCGCUGGCUUGAUACCGUUGUUCGAGUGUCUGGCUCAGAACCCGUUUUCUUUCUUAUCCUCGCGAGCCUUCUGGUUUGGGCUCUGCUCGGCAUUAAAUACGCAGGCACAGACAGCUGGCAAGUUUUGAUCUCCGACGUCCAAGCUAUUAUCAGCUAUGUGUUUGACUCGUUUCUUGUCAGACAGCAGCUGAAUGCCUACGGGGAAGAGAUGGCAGUGGUCGCUGAGUUGCAGUCACGUAUUCUCAGCCACAGCAGAAUGCUGGCCAAACUCCAUCAAGAAACAGACAAAGAAGACGAGGAGAAGCGCAGCCGAGUGAUGGAUUUGGCCAACCAAUACAGGAAUGCGAUCGAUUCUAAUGCAGAACUCCCCUUGGAGACCUGGCUCGGACGAAGUAUUACGUGGUUAUCCCAUGUUUUCGGCCACCUGGGCACUGUUAGCCUAUACUGGGUUGGCGUCUUCGCCUGGAUUGGAACCGGCCAUCUCUACAAAUAUAGUAAUCUAUGGCAGUUGUACAUGAAUUCUGCUUCGUCAGCAUUGAUGGUGUUCAUUUUCGCGUUCCUCGCCAAUAUCUGCGAACGACAUGCCGCCCACACACGUCGCUGCCUGAACGCUAUCUUCAAAAUCGACUCCACACUCGAGUUCCACCUCAGGUUGCUAACAGGCGAUACUCUCGACAACGAUGUCGUCAUAAUUCCAGCUCCAGGAGUAAGCAAGAUCCAGCGCACGAUCUUCUACUACGCGGACCUCGUGGGCACCCUAGUCGGCACUGCGAUUCUCCUGGCUGUCAUCAUCUUCUGGGUCGCGAUCGGGCCUCUCCUGCAUUUCGACUCAAACUGGUGGCUUAUAAUCGGGACCUAUGCGGGCCUUAUCGGUAUGAACGACGGAUUCGUGCUUCGAAACAUGCAGGCUUGUCGCCGCAGCUAUGUCGACUCUGAAUUCACCAAAAUCGACUCUCAAGACGCCAAACUCUUCGAAAUGGUCGCUUUACCAAUCCCAGUGAAAGAAUCUACACGGAAAGAGUCCCUCACGCGUCGUGCCUCAGAUCUGAUGAACCGAUUCUGCGCACAUGAGCUGACUGUCGUCGCCGGUUUCCUGACAAUCCUGGGUCUUAUUGCCGGUGCAAGCGCGAUGAAAUGGACGAUGACGGGACAGCUGCUUUGCAAUGUUCCGCCAAGCUUAAUCGAGUUAUUCUUCAUGCUCAUUCUGAUCACGGGUCACAACUCAGCUGAUGAUCAGAGGCGUAUAGAUCUGCAGAAUAUCUAUAAGAGACGGCUGGAGCUUCUGGCCUUUGUCAACGGUUUGAAGGCAUUUCAGGUUGAGCUGAAUGUUGUAAAGGGUUAG